CAGACGCAGCCGGCGACGUCAGUUACGCGACAGGUGGUUCGCGCGCCCCAGGCCGGGCCACGCGAGACCCGGGGGUCGAGCGAAUGGAGGCACACGGAGGUGCCACCUGGCGGCGCCGGCCGGCCGGGCCUUGCGACGUUGGGGUCGGGGGUCCGUUUUGCCUCCGCUGGCGGUCCCUGCGUCACGGGGAGGGCAGUGGGGCUGGGCUCCCGGCGUGGCCCCGCGCUGUGAGGCACGUUGAGGGCAGCGCUCUCACCGCGGGGACCGUCACCGCGCCUUUGCUCGCACCGUGACCCCGGCCAGGAGUCCCUUUCGCUGAGACUUGCUGUUGUCCCCCGAGAACCUCCUGAAGCGGCUCCUGGUCUUCAGUCGGCCGGGGGCUCGGGCGGGCUGGCGGGUACGGAUCUCAGCUGAGCCUGCUGAAACUCUCCGCCAUUCGGUUCCGAUGGCCAAGGAGGCGCAGGGCCCGGUGACUUUCGAGGAUGUAGCUGUGUAUUUCUCCUGGGAGGAGUGGGGUCUCCUUAAUUUGACCCAGAGGAGCCUGUACCGUGAUGUUAUGCUGGAGAACUUUGCACUCAUUGGCUCACUAGGUACUUCUCCCUCAGGGUCCCCCAAGGUUGCCCACAUGGAGGGUGAGGAAGAGGCCUGGGUGCCCAACACGGUGGACAGUGUGGUCAGCAGAGCAGAGGCCAGGAAGGGUUGUCUGGGUAGACUGCAGGAUGAGGACGCCCCUCGCGAGCUCGGAGAGAGCUGCCGAGUCUGCCUGUCAGAGAAGCCCUGCCUGCCCGCCCGGCUCCGCUGGCCAGCGGCAGCAGGGCGGCCUCGCGGCACAGACGCCCUUCCGGUGCAGUGGCUGGCCUUCAGGCUCCUCGACCACCUCGUUGCUCACGCCGGAGAGAGGCCCUUCAGGGGCGCGGCAGGUGGAAGCAGCCCCACGGAAAACUCAACCCUGGUUCCUCACUGGAACGCUCACGCUGGAGAGGCGCCCCGUGUGUGCAGCGAGUGUGGCAGGGCCUUCAGUUACCCUUCUAAACUGAGGAAGCACCGGAAGGUUCACUCUGGCAUCAAGCCUUUCAAGUGUGCCGAGUGCGGGGAGACCUUCACCCGCAAGGACGCGCGCCUGCACCAGAGAAUCCCCACCGGAGAGCGGCCCUACGGCUGCGGCGAGCGCGGGAAGGCCUUCAGCGUGCGGUCCACUCUCACUCGGCCCCGGAAGGUGCGCCCCCGAGAGGGGCCGCGCGAGCGCCGGCAGUGCGGGAAGCUCUUCAGAUACAACCGAAGCUUCGUCCUGCGCCGGAGGGUGCACGCGGGGCAGAGGCCCCACGGCUGCGGCGCGUGUGGGACCUACGCGGCCCGCUCGGGGCUGCGCCAGCACCUGAAGGCCCACAGCGGCGAGCGCCCCUACGCGUGUGGCCUGCGCGCGAGGACCCACCCCGCCAGGUCCUCCCGCAGCCGCCACCAGCGCUGCCGCACCGAGCAGCGGGCCCACGAGUGCCCCGAGCGCGGUCGCGCCUUCAAACACGGCUCGACCCUCCUCCAGCACAGGAAGGGCCCUGCUGCAGGAAGGCCAUAGCGGGCCGGCAGGCAGGCAGGAAGCCAUCGGCCGCGGCUGGCGCCUGCUCAGGCUCUCAGUCCAGAAGGGAGGCUGGAGAGAGGGGCCCUUUGCGAGCGGAACCCGCCGCCCCACGCCCACACCGACUGGGGCAGGUGUGCUGCGCUCCUGCCCGGCCGGCUGCUUUCUGUGUUGGGCCACUGCCAGUUCCCGUGACAGGAGCCGUCCCACCCCUCCGAGCUGGCAGCUCCUGUAGCGCAUCAGUGACUGUGUGCUCCGGGAAGCUGCUCUCUCCUCCAUAAGGGAGAGUCAUGUGCGCUGGAUUCCAUAUGGGGUCUUAUUCCCUCCCCACAGCCAGUUCAGGUGUGGAUGGGACCUAGCUCUGGCCAAGAGUAGCUAAGCAGUGGCUGCAGGGGCCUCCAGGGAAGGUUAGCCAUCUUUAUGGACUCUGUGGAUGCCACGUUUGGUCCCUGUCAUGGCUUUAUCCAGCCCUGGGACUGACUGUCUCAAGCGGUUCUGAAAUGUCUAAUAAAGACCUUUUGGUGUACGCCACCCUUAA